AUCUCCACUCCUUAGAGCAGCAAGAAUGUACAGUGGUGCGAAUCUGCUGGUAUUUUGCCUUGAAGCAUCGGAACAGGCUCUGACAGAGGGGGCGGUGCUGGCCUUCCUCCUCCUCCUCUGAAUAAGUUCAGUCCUGACAGGGAUGGAGUCAGCUGUGUCCUCUGCUGCUGACAGAGGACUUCCAGCCAUGAAGAGAGGAGCGGCAGCUGUGCAGGGAUGUGUGGUGGUGUGACGGCGUGUUCAGCCGGGAACGAGCCGCCCACCUCCGGGGGGGACAUGAGAGUCUGGAUCCUGGCUGUGAUCGUGCUGCUCACCGCUCACAGCACCCGGGGAUCCCCGCUGCAUCUGGACCCAGAGGACUUUCUGGAAAAGUAUGGGUACCUCCACCGUGAGCACCAGAUCUACAACUCAGUGGAGAUGCAGUCAGCCAUCCGAGAGUUCCAGAGGCUGUCCAAUCUAGCCGUCACAGGGGAGCUGGACAGCGCCACCCUGCAGCAGAUGGCGGAGCCCCGCUGUGGUGUGUCGGAYGAAGGCAGCCAGAGGAUCUGGACUCGGAGAGUAAAUGUGGUCUUUACUGGGAAGAAGCAAGCAAAGCACCGCGGGAGACGAUCCAWUGGACAAGCUGAGAAGUGGCACAAGCACCGUCUGACCUACCAGAUGGUAAACUGGCCUCGCCGCCUGUCUCUGGGCUCCGUGCGGCUGGCGGUGAGCGCUGCCUUCCAGCUGUGGAGCAACGUGUCCAACCUGGUGUUUCAGGAGGCCCCCGAAGGCCCCGCAGACAUACGCCUGGCUUUUUACGAGGGGGACCACAACGACGGGGCCAGUAAUGCUUUCGAUGGACCAGGAGGAACCCUGGCCCACGCCUUCCUGCCCCGCCGGGGAGAAGCCCACUUCGACAUGGCCGAGCGGUGGACGCUGAACGGACACAAAGGCCACAACCUGUUCAUGGUGACGGCCCACGAGAUCGGACACACGCUGGGGCUGGAGCACUCACCGGUGCGCCACGCUCUGAUGUCGCCGUACUACAGGAAACUGGGCCGCAGCCUGGUUCCCAGCUGGGACGACAUCCUCGCCGUGCAGCAGCUGUACGGUAAACCGCUGGGGAAUCGCCUGGUGAGGCUGCCGGGUCAGGUGCUGCACGCCGCGCUGCAGGAGUGGGAGUUCACGGAGCUUCAGACCCCAGGGCUGCCUCUUUACUGUCAGGGGGUCUUUGAUGCCAUCACUCUGGAUGAGAGCAGGACUGUCCUGGUGUUUCGAGGCAGCGUGUUCUGGACGGUGUCGGCUGCAGGCAGCGUGAGCGGCCCCCKGCCCCUCCGUCAGCGCUGGCCCGACCUCCCUCAGGCCAUCGAGGCUGCCGCCUUCUCCCCGCUGGACUCCAAGUGGUAUUUUUUCAAAGGGAAGAGGAUGUGGCGUUACACAGGCAGCGUUCUGGACCCGGGUUUCCCCAUAAAAAGCAGCGAGUUUCCUCGCCACCCCGACUGCGCCUUUUAUUACGCCCCGCUGGGUCACAUGGUGCUCCUGAAGGGCGCCCGCUACCACGUGCUCAACCUGAAAACUCUGCGCCAAGAACCCUACUACCCCCGCAGACUGACGGACUGGAAGGGGGUUCCACAGGGGUCCAACGGGGCGCUGACCCACACGGACGGACGCCUCUACCUGUUCAGAGAUCAGCAGUUCUGGAGGUUCGACCCCGUGAAGGUUCGGGUCACCAGAGUGGGUCAGUGGGCUCAGGACUUGAGCUGGACCGGCUGCAGCAACAUUCCAGAGAACAACCACCUCCUCUGACCCGCAGGGGGCGCUGGAACAUUAAACGUGCAAUAAGACUCCAAUUUUACACUAAAGAACCUGAGAUUUAUCAACUUUAAACAUUGAAUUUAAAUGCAGCAGUGGCCUGGCUCAGACUAGUCCAACACUAAGUUUAUACAUUUACAAGCACAUAUUUAUACUACUGAGAGCAAUUACGUCCCUGUGUAUGUGUAAUUACAGUCCUGUUUAUGUAGUUUAAAUAAUCUGACAAAAAAACUGGUAUUAUAGGUUAUUUUUUCAUGGGAGAAAGUAGAUUGUGUUUGGCCUCAGCAAGAGCAGAAAACCUAAAGAUUUCUAAUCUGUGUGAACAAAAAAACAAAUCAAAGAAACAUUCUAAAAUUAACAGUCUUUGUUCUACUGGGAGCUUUUAUUUUGAAAACUAGGGUGUCAGACAACUUUCUCUGGUUCUUACCUUUAGUUUGACAUCCUUACAAAAAAUUAAAAAUGUCGAAAGGCUUUUAAGGAAUUUCAGGGGCGACUGUUAAGGGGUUCUUUAACAUUUCAUGAUUCUCAUUCUUCUGAGACAUGAGUGGUCUGAUCAGAUCAAAUAACAAAAUAAAAUAGAAAAACAAAAAUCACCA